AUGGACGCUUAUACCGAAAAGUUACUCGAAAAGAGGGCAAUACGACGUCGAAAGGAGGCAAUAUGCAAAUUUUUCUAUCAAAUCUUCACCAGCUUUUUGACGAUUGGGGCGCUGGCGCUGCUGUUGUGGUGGAUGGUCUCGAACCUAAUGAAAGCCGAAGAAACCCGGGAACUCUACUAUUUCCAAGACAAAAGCUGGGAUUACAUCAACGAACAGUGGCGAAUCGUAAAUGCAUCCAAAUGGCUGCAGCGCUAUAUGAGGGUGCUCUCCGGGAACCUGUCGCUCUCUUCCAUGCAGACUUACACGAACUACGCCUCCUCGAUGGCUUAUCCAAAUCUAUCCAACGUUGAUGAUUGCGAGCUAACUUUUGUGCAAAGGAUCACACACCCGAACAUGGCACUGCAGACGAUCAUCUACUCGUUCGGCAUCAACAUCAGGGAGUACACGUGGGGCUCAGAAAUGACCACCGCCAAGACGCUGAUGGCCAUGAUAUUUGGGGCGCCGAUUAUGAGCGUCGUGGCGGCGUCCAUGGUGCAUGUUGUGCGCUGGGUGUCGAACAUGAUUUUGGCGCAUCUGAUUUUUCUGAACUAUCGCAAGAACCUCAAGAAGAAGCAGCUCAAAGCAAAACACGGGCUGUUUUUCCAAUUGGAACGAUGGCAUAGUUGGAGUUAUUUGAUGCAGGAAACGCUUGUUUUUGUCUUUACCGUAUCUUUGGCUGUGCUGAUGGCUGUUUUUGGUGGCUACGUGUUGAUGAAAGAAAAUGACUGGUCUUUGGACCAUACCGUACGCUACUCGUUUUCGUUGCUAAUCGGAACCGGAGGCCAAGAACUAGCACCAGAAUAUUUGACCAAUAAAACCAUUGAUUACCCGCGAGCAAUCCACGUCACAAAUAUCCUCCUAUGGUUUUCAACUUCCCUGGCCUUCAUUUUUGGUGGAAUUAUGCAACUCGUGGAUAUGACCUGCACUGUGCUUCAUCGAGUGGGUGAAACCGACAAGGACGAAAUCGCCUACUUCCGAAAACUACGCCAAUCGAAGCGAGAGUUGAAAUAUGUAAAG